UGAGAUCUGCGUUUGUGUUUCUCCUCUAAUAGUGAAUAUAAGAGUUUGGUCACCCAGGCUGAUCUCAGACGCACCUGUUACACCAGUCUAAAGAUGGCAGCCUCCGUCAGACAUUUACUGAAACCCUGGACACCGAGUCUGUGUUUCGCGAGAUGGAGUCGGUAUAAUCCAUACUAUCUGGAUCCUGAUCCCAGUAAAGAUACGCUGGAGACUAUGAAGAGAAAACAGGUGGAGAAAUACCACAGAUCUCCUGCAGCCAAGAGACUAGAGAUCGAGUGCAAUCCAUACACCAUCUUCCAGCAGGCCCUGGAGAACUGCAAACCCAUCAUUGGCCUGGCAAGUGUUCAGAAAGGAGGGAAAUCUUAUCAGGUGCCCGUCCCUCUCACGGAUAAUCGGCGGCGUUUUCUGGCCAUGAAGUGGCUGAUCACAGAAUGCAGAGACAACAAGCACCGUCGCACACACAUGUACGAGAAACUCUCGCAGGAGCUGCUGGCCGCCUUCGCUAACGAGGGAAACGUAGUGAAACGCAAACACGACCUUCACAAGAUGGCCGAAGCUAACCGGGCAUAUGCACACUACCGCUGGUGGUAG